AAAACAAUUCCUCAAAGACACAAAAGUUGUUCAUCGGAGAGACUUUUUCAGGUUGUCCAUGGAGUCCUCCUCAUCUUCUUAUUCAAAAUAUUCACAUUCUUCUUGGGAUUACCUCUCGAUAUUCCUUCUCCGCCCGGUCCUCGCAAUCGUAUUUGUGCUCUCCCUGAUUUCUAUCGGUUGGUGGUUGGCGUGGAAGCUAGUCCUGGUUCACGUUCCUCUGGUGCAAGAGAUAUUCGGCUUGCGAAAGAAAUCCUUCAAGCCGAAACCCCCGACACGUAGGCUAUCUAAGAUUUACAGUAGCAUGAAUGCCCAGAAUUCUUCUUCUCGAUGAUUUUUAGUACGUGGCACUUGAAGAUCUGUUUGUGGAGUAUGGAAAAAUAAUGUGGCAUCAAUGAUCAUUGCAGAAAAGAAAAACAGCUCUGGAUGGAAGGGGGAGCAAACGUCUCAGUCUUUGCGUGUCCUCAUGUGCAAGUGGACGAAACCAAAACCUGUGGAUGGAUUCGGUUGAUUGCAAUAUAGCUGUACACAAAAGUUGUGAAUCUCUUGCAAACUGUGAUGGAGAACAAAUCACAAUUUUAAUUUAGUUAGUGGGAUCUUAUCUUCCAUGUCAAAUCUGAGCAGCGGUGAUUGAUUUGGUUUUAGUGGAGAAUAUUACCUAUAAAAAACAAUUAUACUUAUAUGGGAAAUGGAAAACAAAGUUGAGACACAAA